UAUGUAUAUUAAUUUUAAAAAGUUAUAAAAUUGUAUAUUGGUAAAGCAAACUUCUUUUGUAACCAUUAAAAACAAAAAAGGUGAAAAAAAUUGCAGUAUAUUUUUGCAGAAAAGAACAUUCUUCAAAAAUAAGAUAUAGAACAUCUAAUAACUUUUCAUUACUUUGGUGAAGAUCAAACAUAAUAAUUGGCUGAAGAUAUAGUAAAUGCAAUCAGCCAUGAUGGAAUUAGAGCCGCGUGUGGCUAUACUACAGGACCUACGUCUGCAAACAUUUGAUUCCAUUCGAUUUGCUUCAUAUCGUACUGCAUCAAAAUUACGUUACAUACAGAAAUCGACAAAUUUACAUUUGGUAGAUAUAUGGAAUGUUAUCGAAGCAUUUCGAGAAAAUGGUCUAAAUACACUGGAACCACAGAGUGAAGUUAGUGUUGCUCGACUGGAAACGCUCGUGUCAUCAUUAUAUCACAAUUUAAAUAAACGUCUUCCAACAGCUCAACAAGUUCCUGUUGAUUCAAAAGCUGGACUUCUUUUGAACUGGUUAUUAGCAGCAUAUACAAGUGAUAAUUCCGGCAAGAUUCGAGUUUUUUCUAUUAAAGUUGCUUUGGCCACCAUGUGUUCUGGAAAGUUGGUUGAUAAAUUGCGUUAUAUAUUUUCACAAAUUUCUGAUGGUGCUGGCCAACUUGUUUUAUGGAAGUUGGGUGAAUUCUUACGAGAAGUGCUUGCACUUCCAGCAGCUGUUUAUGAAUCUCCAACAUUCCAUUACAAGGAAGGCCUUGAAGAGGAAAUAUUUCCUGCCGAAAAUAAAGUCACUGUGAAUGAUUUCAUGGCAACACUUAUGUCAGAACCGGGACCGUCAUGUCUUGUCUGGUUGCCUCUAUUGCACAGAUUGGCCACAGUCGAGACUAUUGUCCAUCCAACGAUUUGUUCUGUUUGUCAUAAAGAAAAUUUUACUGGAUUCCGUUAUCGUUGUCAGCGGUGUCACGCCUACCAAUUGUGUCAAGAAUGCUUUUGGCAUGGCAAGACAUCGCUGAAUCAUCAGAACGAUCACGAAGUUAAGGAAUAUUCGAGCUAUAAAUCACCAAGCAAACAAAUUGGACAUUCGUUGCGAAAAAGUUUUCGAUGUGUUCCCGAAAAGACGACGCAAGUGUUGCCACGAUUUCCAGAACAACCCGAAAAAACGCUUAAUUUGUCACAUAUAGUACCGCCAUCGCCAUUACCGUCUCACAAUGGUUUCUCUGAUCCAUCACUUUUGCAUGGUCCAGGCACAGUUGGUCCUGGUGGUGGACUAUUUGAUCGCUCAAGUACAUUAGACUCACGAGCGACUGGUCGUAGUUUAGAUAGUGCAACAGCAGCGUCUAUGUCUCGUGUAGUAGCUGCGUCGGCAAAUGAUGAAGAGCAUAGGUUAAUUGCACGUUACGCAGCGCGUCUAGCGCAAGAAAACCGUGCGCCCGUUGGUAUGGCUGGUGCAGAAAACGCAAAUCCCAUAACUUCAGACAAUUCACGUGCUCAACGAGAAUUAAUUGCGCAACUAGAAGCUAAAAACAAAGAAAUAAUGCGAGAAAUUGCACGUUUACGUCGCCAACAAGAAGCUGAGCAAAUGGCACCUGAAAAUCCAGCACUCAUCAAUGAACUGCGUGCAUUGCGUCAGCGUAAAGGAGAACUAGAAGGGCAUUUAGGAGCUUUACAAGACUCACGUCGUCAGUUAAUGGAACAAUUAGAAGGACUGAUGCGUAUGCUUAAAAAUCAACAAACCGCCUCUCCACGCUCAACACCAAAUUCUAGCCCUCGCUCUGGUAAGUCCCCACCAAUGCCAUGUGGAGGUGCUGGAGGAGGACUUAAUACACAUGGUACAUCACCGAUGAAUUCAUUACAUCAACAGCAGAUGCCGCAAGUACAUGCUAUGAUGGGUGGAAAUGUGUUACGUUCAACUCAACAACAAUUACUACAAGCCCAACAAUCUACACCACUUUCUCAAUCACCUAUAGGACAGUCUGCGUUUAACCAAAAUCAGCUAGAUCAACUCAAUCAAAUUAGCAGUGAGGUUCGUGCUGCGUUUGCUGCCAAUGGAAGUGCGCCUCAAACAUCUUAUUCGAAUGUGGAGCUUAACGAAGCGGCAGACUCUAUUACCAAUGCUAUUUCUACAUUAGUGAAUGGUCUUCAUACAGGACAAUCGAACAACUUAAAUCAACCUCGUUUUAUAUUGCCACUAGAAACACGCCACAUCGAAGGUGGUGAAUCUUCUGAUGAAUAUGAAAUUGUGGAAGUAUUUCAAAGUGAUGAGGACUAUGCCAAUGAAAAUGAGGAUAUACUUCAUGAAGAAGCUCAUAUAGAUCGGAUACUUGGUUACAGACACUAUCCAGAAUAUUUGAUUGAGGAUGACAAUGCUGGUUUUCCGGCUUUGCAUGAAAUCGGUGAGACUAUCGAUGAGUUGCAAACGAUUAUGCACGCCCAUAUAUUAAAAUAUAGUUUGAGUUUAUGAAGUUUACGUUUAAGAAUAAAUGUGAGAUUUUGACGAAACACAUUCUUAUAAUACCGAAUGGAAUGAAAAG